AUUAUCGUGGCCGCCUGUCAUGACAGUCUCUCUAUUAUCAUCAGCAGCGGCGUCAUCUUCAUCCUCAUCAUCCUCAUCCUCCUCCUCGCCCUUCAGGCUGGAGGGGAUGACGGUGAAACGUCCCCGCAGCCUGCAGCAUCUUCGCGGAGCAUCUCGGCGCGGACUGCCCUCCGGACCGGACUGACAGACGUGACCGUCAGCCAAUCGGGUCGCGCGUCCACUUACAGACGGCACAAUAAGGGAGGGGCUGCGACCAAUGAGGCUUGCUCGGGCUCGCGCAGCUCUCCGAAGGCUUUACAGAGAGUUAGUGGAAGAUAGUCUGCUCUCGGACUGGAAGAGCAAAAGGAUAAACGGCACCCACGCGCCGCAUCCACAAGCCUCCUCUCCCAUCCCGCAUCCCUGGCGAGCCUCCGCCUGUCACUGAGCUCACAUGCUGGCGGCUGAUGGAGCCAGAUGGACGGGAGACAUAACGGGACAUGAGUGACUCCUCUCUCUGUCACCUCACCGGCGCGUUCACCUUAACAGGUAGCCUGACGGAGGACGAGCGGGAGGCGAGAGGGCGCGCUGCUUCUGUUGGGACGUGACCUGGAGAUACGGUUUUUCACCUGUGUUCCUUGAAUACAGUGAGCCGCCGAGAACUACCUGGAUGCAGAAACUACAACCCUCGCGAGCGUCGCUGCAAAGUGUGCGGAAACUGACGCGGAAUUCAACAGACUUUGUGAUGCUUUUCCUCAAAAUCUAAUUUUGAGGUUGAAUACUCCAGCAGGGGGAGUUUUUUUUUUUGGGUCCUCCACUGGACUUCAACCACACUGAGCUGGAUAAAUUCACCUCAAGGUUCUUGCAGAUUUUGCAGCCCAAGGAUCGAGCGCAGAGCAGUUUUCCCUCCUCAAGCGUUUGCAGGUCGGCCAGUGGAAUCCUGACAACAUAUGAAAGAAGAUUAUAUUGCAAAACCAAUUUCAGUUGUCAAGACUGGAAUUUCAUUUGCACUGUCAUGGAUCUAAAAGACUUUUACCUGUUGGGCGCUCUGCUCGCCUGCAUCAUGCUCGAUCCAUCAAUAGCCCAAGAGCUAAUCUAUCCCAUCAGAGAGGAGCUGCAGGAAAAUGUCCUGAUCGGAAACAUACCAAAGGACCUUAAUAUCUCCCACACAAAUGCUGCCACUGGGGCCAGCGCUAACCUGGUGUACCGGCUGGUCUCCAAAGCUGGAGAUGUGCCCUUGGUCCGGGUUUUGAGCAGCACCGGGGAGAUAUUCACCACAUCCAACCGCAUUGACAGGGAAAAGUUGUGCCCCGGUCCCUCUUUUGAGGACAGCGAGUGCUCCUUUGAAUUUGAAGUCGUCAUACUGCCAAACGACUAUUUCAGGCUGAUUAAAAUCAAAAUAGUCGUGAAAGACACGAAUGAUAACGCGCCCAUGUUUCCAUCGCCUGUGAUUAACAUCUCCAUCCCGGAGAACACGCUCAUUAACAGCCGCUUUGCCAUUCCCUCGGCCACUGACAACGACACGGGCCCCAACAGUGUACACAAGUACGAGCUGAUCAAUGGGCAGAGUGCUUUUGGAUUAGACAUCGUGGAAACACCUGAGGGGGAGAAGUGGCCUCAGCUCAUCGUGCAGCAGAAUCUGGACCGAGAGCAGAAGGACACAUACGUGAUGAAAAUCAAAGUAGAGGAUGGUGGAAGUCCGCAGAAAUCCAGCACUGCUAUUCUUCAGGUCACAGUCACUGAUGUGAACGACAACAGGCCGGUGUUCAGGGAGAGCCAGGUGGAGGUCCACAUUCCUGAAAAUUCCCCCAUUGGGACGUCUGUUGUCAGGCUGCAGGCCACAGAUGCAGACAUCGGGGCAAAUGCAGAAAUCCGAUAUGUGUUUGGGACUCAGGUGCCGCCUGCUACCAAGAGGCUGUUUGCUCUGAACACGACAACGGGACUGAUCACAGUGCAGAGGCCUCUGGACCGGGAGGAGACGUCCACACAUAAGCUGUCCGUGUUAGCCAGCGAUGGCAGCUCCAGUUCAGCCAGAGCCACCAUUACGAUAAACGUGACGGAUGUUAAUGACAACCCCCCUAAUAUAGAUCUGAGAUAUAUAAUCAGCCCUAUUAAUGGCACUGUUUUGCUCUCAGAGAAGGAUCCUAUAAAUACCAAAAUAGCCCUCAUUACGGUGUCAGACAAAGACACAGACAUUAAUGGCAAAGUCAUCUGUUUUAUCGAAAAGGAUGUUCCCUUCCAUCUCAAAGCGGUUUAUGAUAACCAGUAUCUGUUGGAAACCUCAGCACUGCUCGACUACGAGGGCACAAAGGAGUACAACUUCAAAAUUGUUGCGUCAGAUUCAGGAAAACCGAGCUUGAAUCAAACUGCUCUGGUGAGAGUGAGACUGGAGGAUGAGAAUGACAAUCCACCUAUUUUUACUCAACCGGUAAUCGAGCUGGCUGUGGUGGAAAACAACAAACGUGACUUGUUCCUCACCACCCUGACUGCCACAGAUGAGGACAGUGGGAAAAACGCAGAGAUUGUUUAUCAGUUGGGACCCAACGCUUCAUUCUUCGAUCUUGACCGCAAAACUGGGGUUCUGACGGCAUCCCGAGUGUUUGACCGUGAAGAUCAGGAUCGUUUCCUUUUCACAGUGACAGCGAGAGAUAAUGGCACUCCUCCUCUGCAGACUCAGGCAGCUGUCAUUGUGACGGUGCUGGAUGAAAAUGACAACAACCCCAAGUUCACACAUAACCACUUCCAAUUCUUUGUAUCUGAGAAUCUUCCAAAGUACAGCACUGUCGGUGUGAUAACAGUGACAGACUCGGAUGCUGGGGAAAACGCUGCCGUUUCACUUUCCAUCCUGAAUGACAACGAGAACUUUAUUCUGGACCCUUAUUCUGGAGUUAUAAAGUCAAACGUGUCGUUUGAUCGGGAGCAGCAGAGUUCGUACACGUUUGACGUCAGGGCAGUGGACAGUGGCAGGCCCCCGUGCUCCUCUGCUGCCAAGGUGACCAUUAAUGUCAUCGAUGUCAACGACAACACCCCCACUGUCAUGUACCCUCAUUCCAACACAUCCUUCAAGCUUGUCCCCCUCUCAUCUAUUCCCGGAUCAGUUGUCGCCGAGGUGUUUGCCGUCGACGGAGACACCGGAAUGAAUGCAGAACUCAAAUACACCAUAGUGAAUGGGAACAGCAAGGGCUUGUUCAGGAUUGACCCCGUCACAGGAAACAUUACUCUGGAGGAAAAGCCGACUCUGAGUGACGUAGGACUCCAUAGACUGGUGGUCAACAUCAGUGAUUUGGGGUACCCCAAGUCGCUCCACACUCUCGUGCUGGUGUUUCUUUACGUCAAUGACACUGUUGGCAACGCAACGCUUAUCUCCAAUCUAAUCCGCAGGACGAUGGAGAUGCCGAUCGACCGUAACAUUGGCGAAAGCAGUGAACCUUAUCAAAGCGGGGACUAUUUAACUAUAAUGAUUGCGUUUGUGACCGGGGCCUUAGUGGUGAUAAUUGUCAUCUUUGUCACUGUGCUGCUGCGCUGCCGCCACGCUUCACGGUUUAAAGCCGCGCAGAGGAAGAAGCAAGGCACAGAGUGGAUGUCACCCAACACAGAGAACAAGCAGAAUAAAAAGAAAAAGCGCAAGAAAAGGAAGUCGCCCAAAAGCUCGCUGCUUAACUUUGUGACCAUCGAAGGAAACAAACCAGAUGAUCCAGCCCACGAGCCCAUCAAUGGAACCAUCAGCUUGCCCACCGAACUGGAAGACCAAGGGAUUGGACGCUUUGAUUGGAAUGCCACACCUACCACCACCUUCAAGCCGAGCAGCCCAGACCUGGCCCGACACUACAAGUCCGCUUCACCUCAGUCCGCCUUCCACCUGAAGGCGGACACCCCAGUUUCAGUCAAGAAGCAUCAUGUGAUUCAGGAGCUGCCAUUGGAUAACACUUUUGUUGGGGGCUGUGACACCCUUUCCAAACGGUCCUCCACAAGCUCUGACCAUUUCAGUGCCUCUGAGUGCAGCUCCCAAGGAGGGUUCAAGACAAAGGGGCCCAUGCACACCAGACAGCAGGAAACAUUAACUCGCGCCCGAACCGAACUGAACCCUGAAUAUCUGGACCUUCGUCCCCGAGCUGAGCUGAACCCUGAAUAUUGGACCCCUUGCACACCCUUAUCGCAGCGACGCGUCACGUUUCACCUGCCGGACGGCUCCCAGGAGAGCUGCAGUGACAGCGGUUUGGGGGACCACGAGCCUGUUGGCAGUGGCUCCCUCCUCACACAACCUCUCCCUCUGGUGCAGGCUCAGGACGACUUCUACGAGCAGGCCUCCCCUGACAAGAGAACCGAAGCCGACGGAAACUCUGAUCCCAACUCUGAUGGCCCGCUAGGUCCUCGCGGCCUUGUCGAAGCUACAGAGAUGUGCACGCAAGAAUGUCUGGUCCUGGGACAUUCGGACAACUGCUGGAUGCCGCCUAAUUUGGGAACAUAUCAGCAGCAAACAUCGCCAAUGUCCAGCUUUGGCUCUCAGAGGGAGUGGAACCCUAAGGAUAAACUUCUAAAUGGACACACUCUUACAAGAGCCUGGAAAAAUGAGGGUGGUCGAUCCGAGCAUUUUGGCGACAGGAAGCAGUUUGGGAGCGGCGAAGGACACUUCACGAGCAGCAGCAUAGCUGAUAUUCCGCUGGUGAAUUUGAAGUCCUGCCAGCAGACAUCCUGCCACGACAGCCCGAAGGACCAGCAGCUAUAAGACGCCCUUUGGAUUUGUGCAGUAAAAAGUUCUUCAACGAAAGCGGAGCGCGUCACCUGCGCUUCUACCCAUUAGACUUUUCCUUCUUUAUUCUCUUAAAACUGAAAGUGACGCUUCUGCGGUGUUCAAUGUCGGCCACAAAACUUUCCGCGCUUCUGCAGUCACAUCUUAAACCCUGCGAGGAUUUUACUCAAGACUUUUUUGUUUUCUCUUGGAUUUGUCACCUUCUCUGCCCACUCUCCGACAAGAAACUUUGAAAGAAAGAAGGACACCUGUCAUGUGAACGUAUGGAAAGCUACAUGAAGGUAGAAAAGAAAAAAAGUGGAAAAUAACCUUGGCUGACUACUAUAUAAAAUAUUUGUGGUGUGGAUGUCAUAACGUAAUCAGACUACUGUAAACAACACAAUCAAAGAAAAGGGGAGGAGUAUCAUCGCAGGUGUUGUUCUCACAACACCGUAGUGGUCACUUGUUUGUGAUGGCUUAGUUGUGCGUGUAAAUAUGACUUAUUAACCACUGUAAUGUAUCUGUAAUAACCACAGUGAUACAGAUAUUUGCAAUCCUUGGGUGUUGUCAUCAUACUAGCCAGUAAACAGGUAUUGGGUUUUGAACCAGAGGAACCUUUUAAUGUGACGUAUUGUAAAAACAUUUAGACGAUUCUUUGACCUGUGACAUUUAUUUGAAAGAAUAUUAUUAUCCAUGUCCUAUACUCACAAUCCAUAACAUUUUCCUCUUGUGCUGCAAAUCUGCAAGAAAACCUUUUUACAGAAAAACAAACACACAUUUUGUAUGACAGGCGCCAGAGCUUCACCUGUAAAUGAAAAGCUUUGAAAGCAUUCCUCGAUGAGCAGAUUUUGAAACUGUCACUGCAGUUAAAUAGCAAUAUAUUUAUAACAGCUAAAUGUUUUAUCAGAAACGAUCUUAUUCCUGUAUAGAUUUAAUCAAAUUGUGAUUUCAGUGAGUACAAUCUGCAGUAGAGCUUGUCAUUGUUAACACGUGUAUUCUUUCACCGAUUACGACCAUUCUCCAUCUGUACGCAAAUUAGGAUUGCACUGUGCCUUCAUGAUGGUUCACCAGAAAAAAAUAAAAAUAAAAAAACCACCAAAAAAUAAAUGGGAAACAAAAAAAAAAUUAAUUAAAUGGUGAGAACAUGUUGGACCCCAGGGUUUUCCUCAACAAUGAAGGCCUUAAUAUUUGCUAUCAAUUCAAAGUUUUAAGUAAAAAAAAAAAAAAAAAAAAAGUUGAAAGGCAUGUGCAUACAGUACAAUGAUUUGAACAUAAAAAUACUCAUUUAAAUGUCUGAAAGUUUUUGUUUUCUUCACAGCAUGGGAGGCUAAUUUCACAGAUGAAACAGCAUGUCAGACAAUAUAGCUUUCGCAGUGUCACUAUACUUUGCUGACGUCAAAUUAAUUUGUGCAUUAUAUUUGGUUUGUAAAGCACUUUCACAUGUAUGUCACACGAUGGCAAGUAUGACGGAGUGAUUUGCUUAUCGCAGUUUGUCUGUUGUGAGAGUGUUUGACAUCACAGAUACUGAAACAGUUAAUCCUUGUUACUACUCUACAGGUAUUAUGGCUACUGCAAUAAAUGUUUUAAUUAUGA